AUAUUUUUAAAGCAAUAGAAUGUAUUAUUGUGUGUAAUUUGAACAUUUGAUUGUAUUGAGUAGAAUGAUGAAGAAACAUAUAAAUGAACCAUAGGAAGAAGGGAAGGUAAGUAAAAGUAGGAAACUGUAAACUACGCGUUAGGGAAAUUUGACGGAAGUAGGAACAUUGGUAUUUUUGUCAAUAAUUCUUUGGUUUAUUAUUAUUGACGUUUCUUUUCUUUUAUUACUUUGGAGUGCGAAAUACCAAGCACCUUUGAAAACUUUUGAGACCCGCUUACUUUUUCCAACGCUUGUGCUUGUUGUCUUUUAUUUUUAGGAUGGCGUUUUCGUCAAACUCUUUAGAGCUCACUUUGGGAAAUCGUCCUUUUACUGCAACUUGGUGUCCUGCUUCAUCCAGUUGCUCCAAUUUGCUAGCUAUAGGGCAUGAUACUGGUAUAACCAUUUAUAAGGCUAGGGAACACUCAAACGGGGAACUGUCGACAAAAGAUCUGGUCAGACUUUAUACUAUACAUAUAGGCUUGCCUGUUUUGAAGCUGGCAUUCUCCGCGAAUUGCACAUUUACAGAAAAUGACAAAGAAGUAAAGCCGCAUCAGGAUAAUGAGAAGGAAGAGCUGUCGGAAAACACGGAGAAAACCGAGUACACAUUAUGUUUUGCAUGUGUAUGCCAGGAUAACACAGUACGUCUAGUCGUUGCUCGUAACGACUCAAUAAUAACUCAGCAUGUUUUGGGAGGGAAAUCUGGGCAUCACAGUUUCGUAAAUGCCAUUAGCAUUGUUGAUGUAUACUCUGCAGAUAAUAAACUUGCAGAGCAAGUGAUUGCCUCCGUUGGUGAUGACAACACAUUAAUCAUCUGGCGACUUACUGACAAUGGCCCUAUUCUUGCCGGUUAUCCUCUUUCUUCUCCUGGUGUUAGUGUUGAAUUUCACCCUUCAAAUCCCAAUCAUUUGCUCGUUGGCGAAAAGUCUGGAAAUAUACGAGUCUUCGAUUGGACGAACCCUCCUGACUAUGCUGACGAAAUGAUGGAUCCAGACGUUUCAGAUCAACUCACAUCAACCACACCAUGGCUGUAUACGUUGAAUGUUUCCCAAGUUGUUCAUAGCUAUCGAAAUGCCGCGUUAGCGUCAACUUUAGCAAACGCCCAUUGGGUCGGUUCCGGUGGCAGCAGUAUCCUAGCUGUAUGUAGAAGUGGUGCUUGGUUGCGCUGGGACCUGUUUGCCAAAGCACAAGGAAAUUAUGAUAUGGAAGAGGAUGAAGGAUACCCCCAACCCCGUACGCUUUUACCCGAUUAUCAAGGUGUUUCUUUAUUUCCUACCGUUUGUGGAGCUUCUCCCCAUCCACGAUACGUGGACUAUUUUUUGACUGCCAGUUCUGAAUGUCCAGGAACCAUCCAACUAAUAAACGUUGCAGAAAAGGGUUCUAGCUCUAAUCCGCUACAGUUAGAUGGCUUGAUUGUAGACAUGGCUUGGCAUAAAAGUGGUAACUAUGUCGCCAUAAUAACGGAUUCCUCUCUCUAUAUUACAAAAGUAAUGGGUUAAAGAUAGAUCGAAUAAAUGAAAGAAAGCUAUUACGAACGAAUAUUAGAAGUAGAUAUUAAACACUAUUAUACAAUUCAAUUCCAUGUUGUCUUUUUUCC